AUGGUAGAACAUAUCGAGAAAGACAAAUUACAGACUAAUAUUCGCUAUCGUUUUGAUUAUUUUUCAAAAUUUAUCAAUUUUACAUCGGAGGAUAUCAACGCAUUGAAUACUCUCGCAGUUGCAGCGUUACCACGCAUUCCGGUAAUUGUCGAUGGAGCCUAUAGGAAACUUUUCCAAUGUGAUAUAACAAAACAUUAUUUCGUUAUACAAAAUGACAAGUUUGAUGGUUCAACAACGGCAAAAGAAAAACUGUCAUUGGACUCGGCACAAAUGGUUUAUCGGAAAGAUAUGCUGAGUGGAUAUUUGAAACGCUUACUUUUACAACGUGAAUGGACAGACGAAUUCCUCGAAUAUUUAUCCUGUGUUGGUCGAAAGCAUACAAAUAAGAUGGGUGCAUCAUCAAUUGACGUGGAUUACAUUCACAUAAAUGCCACGUUAACCUAUAUAGAAAAUCUCCUUACGGAAGUUAUUUUCUCGCACGAGAAAUUCGAUGAUCAUACGAAGAAGAAUAUUUCCUUAGCAUUAAACAAAGUUUUUCGAAUUCAAAGUGAUUUAUUUCUCAUGCAUUAUCUUGAUACAUCGACGAAUCUUAUAUCGACGCCGACAUCGAUGCAUAAACAUGAAAAAUGCAUUUGCAGUUGA